GAAAGAAAAAAGUGGGAAAAGAAAACUUAUCCUAUCUAUGGAUGAAAUUAUUGUGCAGUGUGUGGAGUGAGUGAUAGACAUGGCAGUUUCAGCUUCUCUAAUUCCGGUAUCAUCCACCACCACGACUUCGCUCGCAUUCGCAUUUCCGUCUCUUGCUUGUCCAUUCAAGGGAUCCCUCAAGAAGUUGAACUCCACACCAUGCGGCUACACGGCAACGCUCAGGGUGCAGCUCAGAAGACCCCUCUCGGUGGUGAACAAGGCGGCUUCUGCCCCUGCCCCUGCCCCUGCGGCGGGGGCUUCGAGCGUGCGGUUCAGGCUUGACAACCUGGGCCCGCAACCGGGUUCGAGGAAGAAGGCGAAGAGAAAGGGAAGAGGCAUAUCGGCAGGGCAAGGUGCAAGCUGUGGUUUUGGGAUGAGGGGUCAGAAGUCACGGUCUGGCCCCGGCGUCAGGAAGGGUUUCGAGGGUGGUCAGAUGCCCCUUUACCGUCGAAUCCCCAAACUUCGAGGAAUUGCUGGCGGUAUGCGUGCUGGGCUACCAAAAUAUGUCCAUGUAAAUCUGAGGGACAUAGAGGAUGCUAGAUUUAAGGAUGGUGAAGAGGUGUCUCUUGAAACUCUAAAGGAGAAGGGUGUGAUUAAUCCAUCAGGAAGAGAAAGGAAACUUCCUUUGAAGAUUUUAGGUGAAGGAGAGCUUAGUAAGAAGUUGACAUUUAAAGCCCCUGCUUUUUCAACAUCCGCAAAGGAGAAACUAGAGAGUGCUGGUUGUUCCCUCACUGUGCUGCCUGGCCGUAAGAAAUGGGUUAAGCCAUCUGUUGCUAAAAACCUUGCGCGUGCUGAAGAAUACUUCGCCAAGAAGCGAGCUGCUGCAGCUGCAUCUGAACCAGCUUCCGCAUGAAGUUGAAACAUUCAUGUGCAUCACAUGUAGAAAUCUUGUAAGAUGAAAAGUAGUUUCAUAGGAACCACCACAUGUUUCACGUACUUUGGUAUCUACAUUUAGUUAUUUUUCAUAGGAACCAUCACAUUUAGUUAUUUUUCUACAUAAAGGCCGUAAUUCUUUGUUCAUUUUGCAUUGUAAUGUAUUGUUAUGCAAAUUCAGUAAUUCAAUGUUGUAUACCUCAUUAAAUUUUGUCCAGCCAUCA